CAUACUGUUGCCGAAUAUUUGCCGAUUGGUUCAAAUUCGGUGGCAUGAUUUCAUGUACCUUCAAAUCAAUAAAUUUUUUCGACAUUUUCUACUUAUUGAGUUCAAGUGCAACACACAAGAUUAAUUAUUUCUGAAUCCACUAAUGAUUACAGUAUAUAAAGGGAAUUUAAAUAAAAUGAUAGCAACUUUAAUCAUUGUUGAUAAGAUUUAAAAGUACGCGAAACUUAUUGGCACCCAAGUUAUAUGACAAGUUAAUUAAUUGAAAGCCAUGGCCAGUUCUGAUAACCACCCAAAUAUAAUCGUAGGAGAUGAGAUUGAUAGAUUGGUAGAUGCCUCCUUAGGAGAAUUACUCUUAAAUUUAUUGCAAACGCACGAAAAAAAUGUUAUUUUAGUUGAUGCUGCUACAAAUGAAGAACUCCAAGCCGACGCGCUUUUAGCUAAAGGAAUACGACUGGCAAAAUGGUUUAAAAACUUAGGCUUAGGAAUUGGUGAUAGUAUUUCCGUAACUGCCGAGAACAGGUUAGAAUUCGCCAUUGUACCUGUAGGAACCUUUUUUGUUGGAGCAACAUUUGCCCCUUUCAAUCCAGAUUAUACUCCCGCAGAAGUUAAACAUGUGCUCGGGCUUUCAAAACCGAAAGUGGUGUUUUGUUCGGAAAAAACCAUAAACAAAUUGUUGGCAGCCUUGCCUAAUCAUCCUCAUAUACUAAAGUUGGUCUUAUUUGGUAACAAAAGGAGGGUAGACAAAAAUAUUGUUAUGUUUGAAGACAUUAUUCAAGGUCCAUUUGAGUUUGAUGAAUCUUUCCAACCUCCACCUUUAGAUAUGAAAGAAACGGUUGCCACAAUAUUGUGUUCGUCGGGCACAACUGGGUUGCCGAAAGGUGUCAUGUGUACUCAUGACAAUAUGGCGGCAUUCAUAGAUAUUGGAAGGACUCGACUUGCUCACAUUGCAGAAUCAGAAGGGGAUGACGCGAUGAUGGGUCUCACCCCGUUUUUCCACUCCUUUGGAUUCAUGCUAAUGUUCCUGAACAUUCUACGGGGCAAAAAAAUGGUCGUCUUAAGUAAAUUUCACGUGAAGUUCUUCUUAGAUGCCAUCAUUAAGUAUAAUUUGAAAAGGUUGAUAGUUCCCCCUCCGGUAUUACUGAUUCUGCUAAAACAUCCCCUAGUCAAACAAUACGAUCUUUCGGGUAUUGAAGAGAUAAGGAGUGGAGCGGCUGCUUUAGGGAAAGACAUGCAGAAAGAGCUCAAAGAAAAGUUCAAAGUGAAAAUGAUAUCGCAGGCAUACGGAAUGACCGAAACAACAUUGGGAGUGCUAAUGGCUCACGACGGCAAUACAAAACUCGGCUCCGUCGGUAGAAUAGUACCCGGUAUGAAGGUCAAAGUUAUCGACGAAAGCAACGUGCCGCUGGGGCCGAACUGCGAGGGCGAACUCUGCUUCAAGGGCCCUCUCAUCAUGAAGGGCUAUGUCGGCGACGUGCAGGCGACCAGCGCCACCAUAGACCCAGACGGGUGGCUCCACACGGGAGAUAUAGCGUACUACGACGAAGAUCGCGACUUUUUCAUCGUCGACAGGAUCAAGGAGCUGAUUAAGUACAAGGGAUUCCAGGUGGCGCCAGCGGAGCUAGAAAAUCUGCUUUUGACCCAUCCGAGCGUCAAAGACGCGGCGGUCACCGGAUUGCCUGACGAAAUCGCUGAGGAACUGCCUCUGGCCUUCAUCGUGAAGGAUGGUCAUCACCUCACGGAGGAGGAGGUGGUUAAAUAUGUUGCAGAUAACGUUUCGGAUACGAAACGUCUGCGGGGCGGGGUCGUCUUUGUCGACGAAAUACCUCGAAAUCCUACCGGAAAAAUUUUGCGGCGAGUUUUGAAGCAGCGCGCGAGACACAUGGCCAAACUGAAGUCUAAACUGUAAAGCGCAAGAGUUUUAGGGGACGGAUUAGCCAGACAUCAAUUAUUAAUACUAUUUAGUGGUUGUUUUCACAGGCAAAAUCGUCGUGCCCGAUUGUUGUUACAUGUUCCUCAA